AGAUAAUAAAUUGGAAGAGAUAUGUGAUAUAAUUUUUUUUACAAAUCACAUAGGAUUUUCCCUCUCUUCUCUUGUCUUUUACCGUGUCUCGGUAUUUCUCUCUUAUGCACUUAUGGAUCAUACGUUAUACCCUCCACUCCUUUCAGAGAUUGGUUCCUGGAUCCGUCGUGGAGGGCCGACUCGUAGAACAUGCCGACUAUAGCGGCAUUACGAUCGUUUUCUCGCAUAUCCAAGACAAUGGAACAAUUGUGGGCGGCAAGGCAUAUGUCACGGUGGUAGCUCUCGAGGAGGAUGUUCCACGGGGGCGGAAGUGGCGGGUACGGCGCAAGUUCCGACUACCAGCAACAAUCCCAGCAGCAGCAACAGCAACACGGACAGCAGCUCCAGGCGCCCGUCUAUGUUCCGUCGUCUAGGCCGGCAAUUCCAUCCGCGGCUACAGCGGCACAAUAUCACUCCUUUCCUACUUCGCCUUCGCCCGCAUGGGAAAAGACGGCAUCCUGGCAGCACGGAGUAGAGACGUACGCGGCGCACCACGCGCUCGCCGGACACACGAGUGGUACCGCGGCGACGAUGGGUCCACACGCUGGACCUGGCCACCCUCACGCGGGACACCCGCACGCGACGCAUCCCCAUUCGACCCUCGCGGCGGCGGCCGCUGCUCCGUUUUACGCGCAGAACGUCGCGAUGAUGUCUUCGUGGCGUGCCUAUGAAAGUACUGGCUUCCAACGUGCAUCACCUUACGAGACCGCGAUGGAUUUCCAGUUUGGUGAGGGUCGCGAAUGCGUGAACUGCGGUGCGAUAUCGACGCCGCUUUGGCGAAGAGACGGCACUGGCCAUUAUCUUUGCAAUGCAUGCGGACUUUAUCACAAAAUGAACGGCAUGAACAGGCCGCUCAUCAAACCCUCGAAACGCCUGAUGUCGGAAUUUCAGACCGCGACGAGGCGACUUGGGCUGUGCUGCACGAAUUGCGGCACUCGCACCACCACCUUGUGGAGGCGCAACAACGAAGGUGAGCCAGUAUGCAACGCUUGCGGAUUAUACUUCAAAUUGCACGGGGUCAAUAGGCCGUUAGCCAUGCGAAAAGAUGGUAUACAAACGAGAAAGAGAAAACCAAAAAAGACCCCAGAGCCGAAUGCUAGAUCGUCACAGGGAGAUCACGAAACCACCGCCUCGACCACAUCAUCUCCUUCCACAGAUUUAAAGAAUAAUCAACAGCAGCAGCAGCAGCAGCAACAGCAGCAGCAUCAAAUCGAGGUGCCAAAAUCAUCGGGCUCAUCGACAUCGACCGAUAGACCAGUUUACCUCGGACACACCUCUCUCCUGGCCACAGGAAGUGUACCUGCUGUUAAAACUGAACCACGGAGCUGCGAUGGCGUUGUGGGUCAACCAUACUCUUCCUAUUAUCAACAUCCUCAUCAACUUGCCGUUUCCAGCGAGCAUCAGCAACAAAAUUAUUAUGGUACACAGGAAGCGCCCUAUCAUCAUCAACAUCACGUUACUACAGCGGCGAAAUUACUUGCGUCCUCGUAAUUGUUUAAUAAUUGAAGUUUGUUUGCUAGAAUUGCCUUGAAAAUAAAUUCAGGCGCGUUAAAAAAUGAAAAAGACAUUUUCACAACGUGAGCUAUUAAAAAAUUCACCGAGAAAUAUUAUGAAGUUUCUAGUAGUGAAUUUAGAA